UUAGCUUAAAGCAUCAGUAUAAUACUAGUUGUAAACUUAAACGGCACAAAAGGGUAUUUUCGUAUUUUCAUCCACUUCCCCAUCCUUUUUUUCCUAUUUGUUUCAAGACGGGAGAGAUAAUCAAAACAUAAAAAUCAUAAAUUCUCUCUCUUUAUUCUUUUCUUUAUUACAAAGAACAGUAGUAUAGCUAGCUGCUAAUUUAGUGUAAAGAACACAUUGUCAGUGAAAUUUCAAAAAGAAUCAGAUUUGUGAAUUGCGGGUACAUUUUUUUUACGAUCUAAUUGUGAAAAUAUUGAAGAUUUCUUGUGAUUUUUGACAAAUACUUGAAUUACUCAUAUAGUAUAAAGGUUGAGAGAGAAAAUGGACCACCGUGGAACUCCGGUGAGGAAACCGCACACUUCCACUGCAGAUCUACUUACUUGGUCGGAAAAUCCUUCUGCUGAUUCUGCUUCUCUCUCUUCUAAUCGUCCUAUUCGGAAUGUUCAGCCAUCAGAUGGGAUCAGUAAGGUGGUAUUUGGAGGGCAAGUGACAGAUGAAGAGGUUGAAAGCUUGUUGAAAAGGAAACCAUGCUCUGAAAACAAGCUUAAAGAGAUGACUGGUAGCGGGAUUUUUGCAGCUGAACAGGAAGACAAUGACGAAGAAGCUGAAGGUGCCACCCAAACACCAAGCAACAAAACUGGUGUACGUAUGUAUCAGCAAACUCUUACUGGAAUGAGUCAAAUCUCAUUUGGUGCUGAUGAGAGUGUUUCUCCAAAGAAACCAACCACUUUACCAGAAGUCGCAAAACAGCGCGAGUUGAGCGGAAAUCUCGAUAGCGCAGCCGAAGCUAAGUUGAAGAAACAACUCUCUGAUGCCAAGUGCAAGGAGCUUAGCGGGCACGACAUAUUCGCCCCGCCACCCGAAAUCAAGCCUCGGGCAACUGUACGUUCGCCUGCAUUCCAAGAAACCAACAGCGAACCAGUAGUUAAAACGGCGAAGAAAAUCUCCGACCAGAAAUUUGCGCACUUGUCCGGAAACAACAUCUUCAAAGAAGAUGCACCUCCGAAUUCAACAGAGAAACCCUUGAGUAACGCCAAACUGCGAGAGAUAAGCGGGAAUAAUAUAUUUGCUGAUGGGAAAGUAGAGUCCCGAGACUACUAUAGCGGGGUCAGAAAGCCUCCUGGUGGCGAAAGCAGCAUUGCCCUCGUUUAAUCGUGCUGGAAAUCUAUCUAACAUUGCUUCUUUUUUUUUUUUUUUAAUCUUCACAUUAUUGAUUCGUAUGUGUCAUCAAUCUUCGUUGUGCGUAAUGGUUCUUGUAUAACUUGACCUAGAAACCGCGAGGUUUGGUCCAUAUUUGGUUAGAUGUUUAACUUGAUGAUCAGAGCUACAGACUUUUUGCUAAUUGGGUUGUAAUGUUUAUAAAAAACGUUGGUGUUUCAACUUUCAAGUGGUUGGGGCUAUUUAGUUUAUUUAAAUCUAGACCCUUAUUUUUGUUCAUCUUUUCCUGACUUUCUAGAUGGUAAGCUUGUAUUGCAAGUGAUGUUUAGCAAGUCCAAUAUAUUGGGCUUCUAUUGGUUGCAAUUUGUAGCAAUAGGAUCUUUAAAGUUGACUUAAAUGAUGUGCUAAUGCCUUUUUGACUGUGUUAAUAUUUUCAGCCGUAAAAUAU